UUAUGCUGGAGGAAGGUGUUCCCUGGGCAGUCCUGGAGACAGAAGCGCCGAAUUUCUAGAGCAGAUUGCCUUGGUGCCGCUCCCCUCCGUCCCGCUGCGAUGAGUGGGAAGUCUUUGCUCUUAAAGGUCAUUCUCCUUGGGGAUGGUGGAGUUGGGAAAAGUUCCCUCAUGAACCGAUAUGUCACCAACAAGUUCGACUCGCAGGCUUUCCACACCAUCGGUGUGGAGUUCUUAAACCGGGACUUGGAGGUGGACGGACGUUUUGUGACCCUCCAGAUUUGGGACACUGCGGGGCAGGAGAGAUUUAAGAGCCUGCGAACCCCCUUUUACAGGGGAGCAGAUUGCUGCCUGCUGACCUUCAGCGUGGAUGACCGGCAGAGCUUUGAGAACCUCAGUAACUGGCAGAAGGAGUUUGUCUAUUAUGCUGAUGUGAAGGACCCUGAACACUUCCCAUUUGUAGUCCUGGGCAACAAGAUAGAUAAACUGGAGAGACAGGUGAGCACAGAGGAGGCCCAGACCUGGUGCAUGGAAAACGGGAACUACCCGUACCUGGAGACCAGCGCCAAGGAUGACACCAACGUGACCGUGGCGUUUGAGGAGGCCGUGCGGCAGGUGCUGGCAGUGGAGGAGCAGCUGGAGCACUGCAUGCUGGGCCACACCAUCGACCUGCAUUCCAGCUCCAAAUCGGGGUCUUCCUGCUGUUGAGAGCGGCUGCCGCUUCGUCGAGCCAGCGGCUGGAUCAGCACGGGCGGCUCUGAGGCGAUCUGAGGGCGAGUGGCCACAAGGACAGUAGGUGGUUUGCUCACCGGGGAGUUGCAGCCUCAGUGUCUGAAUGCUGGCUGGAGUUUUUGGGCACAGAACAUGUAUCUGCAGGAGAGAGCUGUUAAAAGAGCAUGUGAGCGUAGUCCUGCUUCCUUCUCUGCCUGUUUUAGCAGGUUUAAAGGACGACGUUGAAGUCCUUU